AUGAACGUCCUACCCGGCGGGUCCCUCAUUAUCGCGUGGCAAGUUAAAAGCCGACCGGUUCUCGUAGUCGGCGGUGGAGAUGUCGCUUGCGGCCGUGUCUCAUCUUUGCUUUCUGCCGAUGCAGUUGUCACCGUUGUUGCUCCAGCCCUUCCUAACGACGAUCUGCGGGCUUACAUUGAGUCUCAUCCGACCAUCACCUACAUCAACAUCACUGUCACUCAAGACUCCAUCAAAGACUUGCUUUCUGGGCCAGAUGGACCUUUAUACUCUAUGGUUCUAACUGCCAUUGAUGCGCCGGAUAUCUCUCGUGCUAUUCACGCAGAAUGCAAGCGUGUUGGUAUCCCCGUCAAUAUUGCCGAUGUCCCGCCCUUGUGCGACUUUUACUUUGCCUCGACCAUCCGCCGUGGGCCUCUCCAAGUCGCUGUGUCAACUGGUGGUUCUGCCCCACGUCUUGCCCGUCGGAUCCGACUGGACAUUGAGCGCGGCGUUGAUUCCCUUGGUGAUAUCGAAAAAGCUAUUGAAAAUACAGCUGUUUUGCGCGCAAAGCUUCGUGUGCUGACCGACAAUAAACCCGAACUCCACAAAACUGAUCAGGAGAAGAUCCGCUCGCGAAUGCAGUGGAUGUCUCGCGUGUGCGAUUCCCUUUCGUAUACUCAGCUCGCCCAGCUCAAAGAAUCUCUCAUGGACACUAUGGUCAGCGCGUAUCCCAACGAUCCUAUUAUGUAA